AUGUUUUCAUUAAAAGAAAUAUUUUUUCAACCUCUUAAAUGUCAACCUAAUAUAAAUACUUUACAUGUACAUCGAAAUCCGACAACAGGAAAUCAACAAAUAUUUCUUAUUGGUCUCGAUGGUCUUGGUGUAGUUGUUGAAUAUGUUCAAACAACAAAUGAAUGUAAAGCAUAUACAAUAUCUUUACAAGAUGCUCAAUCUGAUUGUCGAGUAUUAUGUAUGGAAAUAUUACCUAUAUCAAAAUAUAAUAGUUCUCCAGCAAUUAUUUAUGGUUAUGCUAAAACUAAUGGUAUUUCAAACAGUGAUGAUUGUACAAGUUAUUAUUUGGAUCGUGUUCAAAUUGUUGAAAAUAAUACAAAAUCGUCUUUACAAAAUCGUCCAUUAACAUUUGCUGCAAAAUUUAUGAAAACAAUAAUUACAAAAAAUAUCAUGACUAAUGAAAAUGAAGUUAUUCUUGUUGUAGCUGGAGCUGAUAAAUUAUCAUUUUUUAGUGAAAAAAAUGAACGAUUACUACAAGAUAUAACAAAAAUAAUUGAUCUUUAUCUUCCUGAAUUAAAACAAACUACUGGCAGUGUAUGUACAAUGGAUCUAUUAUCAAUAUCUGAUCCAAAAACAGAUCAAUUAAAACAACGAUUUAUUGCUUGUGGUCAUGCAGAUGGUUUACUUGAUUUAUAUAUAACAGAUAUACAAACAGAUGGAAGUAUACAAACAACACAGAAAACACUUGAAUAUGAUAGUUUUAUUAGUACUGUUAAAUUCUUCUAUCAUAAUCACAAGCCACUUGAAAGUAAAUAUCAAUUGAAAGAUUCUAAUGAGAAAUUAAAAUUAUUUCUUUUUUUUUU